AAAAUUUAAACGUAAAGAAAAAUUAAUACGAAUCUAGUUUCAAAGCUCAAAGCUUAGUACAUGAAUUAAGUGCUUAAUCCGGCAAAGAGAAAAAUAAUAAUAAAAAUGGUUCAAUUUUAUGGCCAAGGCAAUAGUGAAAAUAUUCACAUGGUGACAUUGGAUAAGACGGGCAAGAAAUCCUUUGGCAUAUGUAUUGUACGUGGCGAGGUCAAGGACUCUCCGAAUACGAAAACCACCGGCAUAUUCAUAAAGGGCAUCGUACCAGAUAGUCCCGCACAUCUCUGUGGCAAACUUAAAGUUGGCGAUCGCAUACUCUCUCUAAAUGGCAAGGAUGUGCGACACUCUACCGAACAGGCCGUCAUUGAUCUCAUCAAGGAGGCGGACUUUAAAAUUAAUUUGGAAAUACAAACAUUUGAUAAGCCCGAGGAGCAGAAUAAAAACGAUGCGCGUAGUAAUGGCUAUAUGCAGGCCAAGAAUAAGUUCAAUCAAGAACAAACACCGAACAAUACGGGCAUGGCGCGGCAGCCAACGAUGAACCGCGAUCCCAAACGGAACACCACAUUCUCGGCUUCGAUCCGAACCAAGCAAGCGCAGUCUAACUAUGCCGACGACGACGAUGAGGAUACACGGGAUAUGACAGGACGCAUACGCACCGAGGCGGGCAAUGAGAUCGAUCGCGCCUCGGCUGGCAAUUGCAAGCUCAAUAAACAGGAGAAGGAACGUGAUAAGGAGCAAGAGGAUGAGUUUGGCUACACUAUGGCUAAGAUCAAUAAGCGCUAUAAUAUGAUGAAAGAUCUGCGGCGUAUUGAAGUUCAACGACCGGCUAACAAACCGCUGGGCAUUGCGCUCGCCGGUCACAAGGACAGGCAGAAGAUGGCCUGCUUUGUGGCGGGAGUUGAUCCGAAUGGUAUUCUGGCCAGUGUGGACUUGAAACCGGGCGAUGAGAUUGUGGAGGUGAAUGGCAAUGUAUUGAAGAAUCGCUGCCAUUUGAAUGCAUCUGCCAUUUUUAAAAACGUCGAUGGCGAGAAGUUGGUGAUGAUUACUUCGAGACGCAAGCCAAACGAUGAGGGUAUGUGCGUUAAGCCGCUUAAGAAGUUUCCAAUAGCAUCAGAUGAGACCAAAUUUAUCUUCGAUCAGUUCCCGAAAGCGCGCACAGUCCAGGUGCGGAGGGAAGGCUUCCUAGGCAUAAUGGUCAUCUAUGGCAAGCACGUCAAGGUCGGCAAUGGCAUCUUCGUGUCGGAUUUGCGCGAGGGCUCCAACGCAGAGGCGGCGGGCGUUAAAGUUGGUGACAUGCUGCUGGCGGUGAAUCAAGACGUAACGCUCGAGUCUAACUACGAUGAAGCAGUGGCACUAAUUAAACGCGCAGAGGGCAUUGUGACCAUGAUACUGCUCACACUCAAGAGUGAAGAGUCGAUUCGCGCCGAACGUGAGGCGGAGGAAAAGAAGAAAGAGGAAGCGAAAAAAGAGGAAGAAAAACCGCAAGAACCAUCUGUAGCGGAAAUCAAGCCCAACAAGAAGAUUCUCAUCGAAGUGAAAGUCGAGAAAAAACCACUAGGAGUCAUAGUGACAGGUGGCAAGAACAACCAUGUGAAGACUGGUUGUGUCAUCACACACAUAUAUCCGGAAGGUGCGUUGGCCGCGGACAAUCGCCUUAAAAUCUUUGAUCACAUAUGCGAUGUGAACGGUGCUCAGGUGCAUUGCGAGAGUAUGACCACGCUCAAGGUUCACCAACUGUUCCACAGAACAUAUGAGAAAACAGUUACCUUCACGGUAUUCCGGGCGGAUCCACCAGAACUGGAGAAAUUCAAUGUGGACUUCAUGAAGAAGGCUGGCAAAGAACUCGGCCUCUCGCUGUCACCAAACGAACGGGGCUGCACCAUAUCGGACAUAAUACAAGGGCAAUAUCCAGAAAUCGAUAACAAGCUGCAACGCGGCGACAUCAUUACAAAAUUCAAUGGUGAUUCAUUGGAGGGCUGCACAUUCCAAGUUUGCUAUGCACUCUUCAAGGGCGCCAAUGGCAAAAUAUCGAUGGAGGUGACGCGACCAAAGCCAACAUUACGCACCGAAGCGCCCAAACCGUGAAUGACCUGCAGCCAACAGGCAACGACUAAAAACUCAUCCAUUGUGGAAAUUCAAUAAAAAUUCCAAUACUUCUUAUUUAAA